CUUCAUCCCCUCAUCUACCCACAUAACUUACUCCGCACCGACCCUCCGACCUCCGAUCCCCACUCCGCAAUAUCUUCUCCCUCGCCGAUGCUCCAUCCAUAACCUCACAUCAACCAAUCCACCUCCCCCGCAGAGAAUCACCACCAUGGCGCACUCUAAGCGCAACACCUCUCUUCCACACUUUACCUCCUACGAGCGCGAUCUCCUCAAAUCAAGCUGGGGCACCAAACGCGGCGUCAUCGGCCGCGACUCUUUCCUCCCAUUCGGCUCGUGUCGACUCUGCCUACACCCGGCGCGGGAACCCGUCGUCGCCUGCGCCACCAACGGAGAUCUCUUCUGUCGCGAAUGCGCCAUCAGCGACCUUCUCGCCCAGCGACAGGAGAUUAAGCGCCUUGAAAAGGAACGCGAUGAAGCCAAAAAGCGUCUUGCAGAAGAGGAGGAGCGGGCAUUAGAUGAAGCGCGAACACGGGAACUCCGUGAUUUUGAACUAGUGAGCAUGGGGUUAGAUGCAGCAGCGAAGAAAAACAACGGGUCAAGCCAAUCACAGAAUGACGAGAGCUCCAAGAAACGGAAAGCAGAUACUACAGAAGCAUUGGCUGCUUUCAAAGCGCGAGAGGUAGAAGUGGACGGGAAGCGGAAGAAGGUGUUUGAGUUGGAUGAUAAAGAGAUGGCUAGAAUUGCGCGCGAGGAGCAGGAACGCCUGAGGGAUGAGUUGAAGAAAGAAAAGGUCUACUACUAUUGUCAAACCCCCCUUGGUAAGAAGCUCACUGACCAUCCCCAGGAAGCAAAUAAAUCAGCCCUCCCAUCCUUUUGGGUCCCCUCGCUCACACCCACCACCGACCCGAACGAAAUCGCCGCCAACAAAACCAUUAAACUAACACCCAUUUGCCCUGCUUCUACCGACUCCAACCGCCACAGCUACUCCCUCAAAUCCUUAGUCGAGGUGCACUUCACCGAAGAAAAGACCUCCGAUGGCUCCCCGGCCCGUGUCUGCCCAAGCUGCAAGAAAACACUGACGAACGGGCUCAAAGCAAUGCUAACGAAACCCUGCGGCCAUGUCAUUUGCCAACCAUGCGUCAACAAAUUCAUGACUCCGCACGAUGCACCGGACCCACACGCCUCGAAAGAAGAACAGGAGCAGACCGCUGCCCUACAUGGGCGAAUUCUAUGCUACGUCUGCGAGACGGAUGUUACGCCGUCAAAUGACAGUAACAAGGAUUCCGCGUCGUCGGGGAAGAAGAAAAAGAAGGAUAAGGAGGGUAUCCGGCCUGGCUUGGUGGAGGUGAGCUCCGAAGGGACAGGGUUUGCGGGGAGAGGCGGGAAUGUUGCAACUAAGUCGGGGGUUGCCUUUCAGUGUUGAUAUGGUCUGCUUACAAGUCAGUAUUGGCGUGGAGUUGGUGAGUGGUUUGAUGCUGGGUUCAGUGUGUGUGGAUAAAAGCCGCGCUGGGGCGCAGAAGUUGGGUUAUCAACAGACUGCCUAGACAGCGCUAUGGCUAUAUAUCUAUAUCUAUAUCUAUACGACCCGGGUAAAACACAUCAUGUGC